CCUAAGUAUACGGUCAUGGUCUGAGCCCUCCCAGUGAAGGCACCCUAUUCAUGACUCAGAAUGUUCUACUCUCAGGGACCUUGGCGGUCUGACCCAGGCUGUAGGGAUCCUGUCAACAGGUCACACGGCCCCUGAUUGAAUACCUGGGAUGACAGGGAGCUCGCCACUUGAGGUUAGCCGUUCAUGGCCAAACUCAACGGACCUUCAGAUACCUAAGGACAAUUCUCUCCCCCAAGGACAGGUCCCCCGAACUCCUGAGACUGUCACUAUCAGUCACCCUCCUGUCAAGAGCCUUAGUCCCUGUGCCAAAUGGAAUGACGCUCCAGUGCUGAGUCCGAGCAGAUUUGCCCUUAAUCUGGGCCAGGGGUCAUCUAAAGUGGACCUGCAUUUCAACCCACGCUUCCGUGAAUCUGUCAUCGUCUGCAACUCACUGGAUGGCACCUGGGGGGAGGAGCAGAAGGAUGGUCACAUGUGCUUCAGCCCAGGGUCAGAGGUCAAGUUCACCGUGACCUUUGACAAUGAUGGAUUCAAAGUGAAGUUGUCAGACGGGCACCAGUUGACCUUUCCCAACAGAAUGGGCCACAGCCACCUGAGCUACCUGAGCAUACAGGGUGGGUUGAGCAUCACCUCCUUCAAGAUCGACUGAGCGGAGAGCACCUCACCGGAGUCAAAGAGCCCACUGCGGAUUCCCGAUCCUGAGCUCCCGCUCGGUCACAGAUCAGCGGCCGCUGAGUCCCGGCUCCUGAUCAGCAGUUCCUGCCCCUGGGACCCUACUUCCCUCCCCUGAGGCUAAGACCAGACAAAAGAAGCCACCUUUACCUAGUC